AUGGCAAGCGGAAGGAUCGUUGUGUACGGUGGGCGAGGCGCGCUCGGAGCCGCGUGCGUUAAUCACUUCAAAUCUGCGAACUGGUGGGUUGCCAACAUCGACUUAAACCCUAAUGAAAAAGCUGAUUUCAACAUCACUGUGCCGAAAGACGCUUCGUGGGUUCAACAAGAGGAACACGUUGUGAACGAACUGGCCAGCGCCCUGCAAGGUCAGAAAGUGAAUGCUGUGAUUUGUGUCGCUGGCGGUUGGGCCGGCGGAAAUGCUGCCAAGGACCUCAGCAAGCAAGCGGAUUUAAUGUGGCGCCAAUCUGUGUGGAGCUCUUCUAUUGCAGCCACUGUGGCUGCUAAGUACCUGUCUGCAGGAGGACUGUUGGCCCUGACUGGUGCUAAAGCUGCUUUGGAAGGUACACCUGGCAUGAUUGGCUAUGGAAUGGCCAAGGCUGCAGUGCAUCAACUCACUAAAUCUCUUGGUGCCAAAGACUCUGGUCUGCCGGAGAACUCACUGGCUGUUGCCAUACUUCCUGUGACCCUGGACACUGAGAUGAACAGGAAAUGGAUGCCGAAGGCUGACUUUGGCUCAUGGACCCCGCUGACAUAUGUGGCUGAGCUGUUCGACAAGUGGAUCAAGGGUAAUGAACGUCCUCCAAGUGGCAGCCUGGUGGCACUGGUCACUAAGGACAAUGUCACUGAGCUGAUUGUCCAAUGA